AGAAGAAGAAGGUACCCAGCUACGUACGGAUGAACUAGCUAGUUAGCUUUUUGCAGAACCGAGGAGGAGUAAUUGUUACAUUAGUAUUAUGUCCCUUAACGCGGCUUCUACAAGGCUUUAACUUCCCCUCAGUCACAUCUACAUGUGGAGAAAUCUUAAUUUGUUGAUUCAUAAGACUGUCUAUUUGGGCCAACAACCUUUUCGUACUCUAAUUAAGUGUUGGCAACCCAAAACAUUUUGGAAAGCGUUCUUUAUUUCUUCCUACACUAAACACCUGCCCUCACCUGUUCACCUAAAAACCUCAAAGACAAAGCAGCAUUCCACCUCAGCAUUUAGGAAACACUAUUUUCUGCAGAGACACACUCCCUGGACUUUCUUCCAGCAGCGCUACACCGAGCAGCCGGAUAUGUCUGAACAAAGGUUCCUAGUUGAAUACGCCAAACGCGGCACCGCGGGGUGCAAGAAAUGCAAGGACAAAAUUCAGAAGGGCAUCGUGCGCAUAGGGAAAAUCGUGCCAAAUCCUUUCAGUGAGUCUGCUGGGGAGAUGAAAGAGUGGUAUCACGUGAAGUGCAUAUUUGAGAAGCUGGAGAGGGCGAGAGCCACGACGAAGAAGAUAGAAGACCUGACGGAGCUAGAGGGCUGGGAGGAGCUGCAGGACGAGGACAAAGACCUCAUUAAUAAACACGUUUCAGACCUGAUGGCCAAAGUCAAUGCAAGUCCGAAGAAGAAGGUCCAGGCCAAGUUGAACACCUCCUGUCAGUUCAAGACUCCCCCUGCUGACCCCUCCGUCAAUGCUCCAAGGAAGUUUUCCGGCUUCACGGCUGCGAAGGCUGGUAGCUCAGGCAGCUCCAGCAGCCCCGGACCAUCACCCUCUCCUGCCAAAGCUGAGGGAGGCAGCCCCCUGUCCGCUCAGCUCUGUGACCCCCAGCACAAGGACUGCCUCUUCAGGGAGUUCCGCAAGCUCUGUGCGACGGUGGCCGAGAACAACAGCUACAACACCAAGACACAGAUUAUAGAGAAGUUCCUGAGGAAGGGCGCAGGAGGAGAUAAGUUCCACGGGGAUCUUUACCUGACCGUCAAACUGCUCCUGCCUGGUGUCGUUAAAAGUGUUUACAACCUUAACGAUAAGCAGAUAGUAAAACUCUUCAGUCGCAUAUUCAGAUCCAACCAGGACGACAUGGUGCGAGAUCUGGAUCAGGGCGACGUGUCUGAGACCGUACGGAUGUUUUUCGAAGAAAGUAAAUCCUUUCCUCCCGCUGCUAAGAGCCUCCUGACGAUCCAAGAGGUAGACGCAUCCUUGACCCGCCUCGCUCAGCUCACCAAAGAGGAUGAUCAGCAGAGCGAGCUGGAGAGCAUCGCCAAAAAAUGCACCAGCAACGACCUGAAAUGCAUCAUCAGGCUAAUUAAGCACGACUUGAAGAUGAACGCAGGCGCCAAACAUGUCUUGGAUGCCGUCGAUCUGAACGCUUACGAUGCUUUCAAGGCCUCACGCAACCUGGCUGAUGUGAUCGAGAGGGUUCUGAGAAACCAGCAGGAGGCCUCCAAUGGUUCUGGGCCCAGGAAGCUGCUCACCGUGGAGGCGUCGCUCAUGACCCCCGUCCAGCCCAUGUUGGCAGAGGCGUGCAAAUCCAUCGAGUAUGCAAUGAAGAAAUGUCCCAACGGGAUGUACUCAGAGAUUAAGUAUGACGGGGAGCGCGUGCAGGUCCACAAGAACGGAAACACCUUCAGCUACUUCAGCCGCAGCCUGAAACCGGUGCUGCCUCACAAGGUGGCCCACUUCAAGGAGUACAUCCCCCAGGCUUUCCCCGGCGGCCACAGCAUGAUUCUAGAUGCAGAGGUUCUCCUGAUCGACACAAAGACCAGCAAACCGCUUCCAUUCGGGACUCUAGGUGUUCACAAGAAAGCUGCUUUUCAAGAUGCCAAUGUCUGCCUUUUUGUUUUCGACUGCAUCUACUUCAACGGUGUGAGUCUCAUGGAAAGGCCGCUCUGCGAACGCAGAAAGUUCCUGCAUGACAACAUGACUGAAGUCCCAAACAGGAUCCUCUUCUCAGAGAUGAAGCACGUCACGAGGGCAGCAGACCUGGCUGACAUGAUAACCCGUGUUAUCAGAGAAGGACUGGAGGGUCUGGUGCUGAAGGACAUAAAGGGAACCUAUGAGCCGGGGAAGCGACACUGGCUGAAGGUGAAGAAGGAUUACUUGAACGAGGGGGCGAUGGCCGACACUGCUGACCUGGUGGUGCUCGGUGCUUUCUAUGGGAAAGGCUCCAACGGGGGCAUCAUGUCCAGCUUUCUGAUGGGCUGUUAUGACCCUGACUCGAGGAAAUGGUGCACAGUCACCAAGUGCUCCGGAGGCUAUGAUGACGCCAUGUUGGCCCGGCUCCAGAAAGAGCUGGAUGUGAUCAAAAUCAGCAAGGACCCCAGCAAAAUCCCCGGCUGGUUGAAAAUCGUCAAGAACUAUUAUCCAGAUUUCAUUAUCCGUGAUCCUGAGCAAGCGCCGGUCUGGGAGAUCACCGGCGCCGAGUUCUCCAAAUCCGAGAUGCACACGGCCGACGGCAUCUCCAUCCGCUUUCCCCGCAUGACGCGAAUCCGCGAUGACAAGGACUGGAAGACGGCCACCAACUUGCACCAGCUCAGGGAGCUGUUCCGCAUAUCCAAGGAAAACUGCGACUUUAAAGUGACGGCCGGUCCUUCCGCGUCCAACGACGACAAAGGCUCAUCAGGAGGAGACAGCGGAGGGAACUCGCCGUCCCCCUCGUCCAACGCAGGCGGUCCGUCCAAGAAGACGAGAAACAGCACACCUUCCAAACCAAAAGCCGUCAAAUCUGAGCCCCGCACCCCCAAAUCAGAGGCUCCCAGUGCAAAGAAGGUGAAGAAGAGCGACCCAAAUGUUCAGAGCAACGGACAAAGCAAAGAAACCGCUCAGCUGCUGCAGCCCAGAAACGACAAGACUCUGCUGGACAUCUUCACCGGGGUGAAACUCUUCCUUCCGGUCUCCGUCCAGGAGUUCGAUAAACUGAGGAGGUACUUCGUGGCGUACGACGGAGACCUGGUGCCCGAUUACGACGCCUCCUUGGCCACGCACACGCUCGGCGAUCCGGAGGAGGACAGCGGGGCUCAGAAAGUGUCUCCCAGCUGGAUCUGGGAAUGCAUCCGGAAGAGGCGCGUCGUACCGCCCUGCUGAGAGGGAAAGACUUUAAAUCUGCAGAACCAGGCUUUGGUUACAGGGCAGCUUUUGGGUUGAAGGUUCUCAGGACAUUUUAUUUUCAGCUUUUUAACUACUUUGGGCAACCAACAGGAUUUCUUUGCAGAACAAACAUGGAGUCUAAACUAAACAAUAGGAGGGCUGUGCUUCACUACUUUUUACUGCAGAACCAUAAAGAUCAUGAACUGAAAAUAAAAACUGGUGCUUCUCU